GGCCAUAAUUGCACUCUAAGAUUCUCUUAUCGCUAAGUAGACGACUAACCGCAUAGCCAUGCCGGUUUGGGUAAAGGCGCGGUGCGGCCAGAGCCGGCGGUUUCCCAAACGGGUGCCCGAUACCCUUCUGGUCCAUCUCUUAAGGAGCAGGCACUUGAUCUCAACAACUACCUGUAUGGUUACUGCUUUGCGGAUUCCAAGCUGCGUGGUGUGAUUUACCAUAACCUUUACAAGUAAGCUCUUCUUACCACUGCAUUCUAUCAUUUCCAUACUGAACCUGGAUUUCAGUGACGUGCCUGAAUAUGCAAGCUAUACUUGAAGCAGUCCCUUCGCGUUAUCGAGGCCCUGGUGGAGCGGUCGCCAUCAUCAAGGAUGGUGAACUGGCUGGAAAGUAUACCUGGGGUUAUGCGGAUCUGCGAAAACGGAUCCCCAUGACUGCUUCAACACUGAUGCCAAUCUGCUCGAUUACGAAGCAGAUGUUGUGUUUGAUCCUCAAGGAUCUGGAGCGCAACCCCACACCAGCCAUGGUGGAGCGAGGCGAUAUACCUCAGCAACUGUCGGAUGCUUUUCGCCAAUUGGUCUCUCCCGAGCUCAUCGACAACAACGGUCUCCGAAUCGACCACCUCUGUAACAAUCAAUCGGGAAUUCGAGACUAUUGGGCCAUGUCGAUGUUCUGGGGCACACAACCGGAAGGGGGGUUCACUCUCGCGGAAGACGCCAAGAAAGCGCUUGACCGGACUAAGUCCCUCCAUUUCCAACCAGGCACACAAUUCUCCUACUGUAACCUCAACUUUCAUAUCCUUGCUCGCAUUGUCGAGCACGUUAGUGGAACAUCUCUCGGUGAACUGCUCUCGGAACGACUCUUUUUGCCUGCUGGGAUGAAAACUGCAACCCUCUGCGCAGACAACGCCGAGUUGCCUCUGCCAUGCGUCGGGUACGAAGGCAAUGAAUCUUUUGGCUAUAUACCAGCCGUCAACCGAACUCAAUGGUCCGGUGACGCCGGCGUCGUGGCCAGCCUGGAGGAUAUGAUCGCGUACGAAUGUUAUCUGGACAAGGCAUGGGCCGAUCGGGAGAGUGUGUAUCGAGAGAUCGCGAAAGAGCCGUUAUUCGAUGACGGUACACCAGCUGGGUAUGGAUAUGGCUUGGAACGUAUAAAGUAUGGGCAGACUGCGACCAUCGGCCAUGGCGGGGCCAUUCGUGGAUAUCGCCUGCACCGGACCCAAGCACCAACAGAACGAGUUGCCGUUGUGGCUAUGCUGAAUCACGAAAUAGAUGCCGCAGAGGUAGCUGGGUAUAUCCUUCAGCAAGCUCUUAGUCUCCCUACACAGCAUGGGCUGCCUUCCAUGCCGGCCCCAAACUGGGCGGGAGUUUACUUUGAUCCGGAGGCACAAUUGGUGGUUGAAGUUCGCCUUGGGGGACCAGGAGAAGUCAUCGUUACGUAUACGGGUGAUGAUGAGACACUGAAGCUCACUGAGGCAUUUGAGGCACGGUCGGACCUGGCAACUGCCACGCUGUGUUCCGAUAUCCUCAUACUCCACCGUAAAUACGACAACCGUCAUAUCCAGGCAAAACGAAUUAUUGCUGGUCAACAGGCGUCCAAGGGCGACUAUGUCGGCCGAUACCAUUGUACGGAAAUGGACUCCAUCUUUCUAUGCAGCGGAGCCGGUGGUAUGCUGUACGGAUCGUUCAAGGGAUUCCUCGGCCACGGGCCCGCUGAGCUCAUGCGAUACCUGGGAGACGACAUUUGGUUUCUCGUAUGCGCACGAGGCCUAGAUGCACCAGCACCGGGGAACUGGACUGUUGUAUUUCAACGUGACGUACAGGGCGAGGUGGUGGGUGUUACGUUCGGGUGUUGGUUGGCCAGAAAGAUUACCUUUGUGAAGGACAGGACCCCUUAGAAAUCGGGUUAGAUUUUGGGAUUCAUAGCUUCAGGAAGGGGGAGGAACAGCGCGGUGAACAGCCCACAGACACUUGCAUUUUUGGAACACACAUAGCUCGGGGUAUCGUUAUCUUGGACAGGCCAUCCAAUUCCAGAUAAGACUGACGAACAGCGCAACAAAGCUAGAACCAUUGAUAUCAUGCUACCGCUACCCUCACUCAAAGAGAGUGCUACAGACAAAAGAUUCGAUCAUAACAUGAAUCCCAGUGGAGUAAGAGUACUAAGCCCGAGGGACAACAGUCGCGAGACGUAAAGGUAAUCGACACAAAAGUGAGGACGCACGCCUCCCAUAGGAGACAAGCCAAGAGCAAACAACUCGAAAGUUUUCGAGCCCUACAAAAUCACGCACAUAGAAAGCCCCUAAGGGAAAUUUCAUUGAGGACAACCCCCGGUAGUGGGUUGUAGACUUGUCACAGUCCGGAGAAAGAAAGUCCGCUUGUCACACUCACA